GCAUGCGCACUUUAACGAUGAAGACGCAGCAUUGGAGUUGUCAUUAGCGCGAGGUCGUUCCGACGUGUUUUUAAUAUCUAAUGAGGACAAACACGAUAAAAAUCACAUUUAUCUUGUUUGGUAAACAAAAUCCUAAUGUUUAUUUUCCUUCCCUACACGUCUGUCAUUGAAAUUUUGUAAUUGCAAUCCUAGAAACAAAUAUGGAAGAGAGUGCAGACAUUGAUCCCAAAUUACCCGCGAGUGACGGAAAUUAACAAUUUUCAUUUUCUCACGUGUUUAAAAGGAUCAAAAUGACAUCGAAAUUAAGUUCGGACGAUCAUAAACGUUUAGAAAGAUUUACGAAGUCUUUGGUUUUGAAAACCGUUCAAGUUAUAGUUCAAUCCAGAUUAGGAGAGAAAGUUAAAACUCAUUCUAAUCGCCAUUCGUCUGCUACGGAUUGGUUUAAUCUUGCAAUUCCUGAUGAGAUGGAUGUUCAAGUAGAAACAAAGAAAGCUUUAGCUGGUCAAAUUCCGAAUCUCGAAGACAGUACCUGCGUCGAAAUAUCCCUGACCACCGUUGAUGGCGACACGUUGGUUCUGGAGACCUGGCAUCUGGGAAUGAACGAGCAAAAUGAUCCCGUGGUUAAGAUUUUGCCCACGGUUUACAAUAGGAUCGGACUGAUGCUUAAGUCUCUCAUAGCCGUCAGUCGCGUCACGCCAGCAUACAGACUUUCAUGCAGACAGGGUCACGACACCUAUGUCAUCUGCUAUAAAGUUUAUAUGGGAAAUCCACAGUACAACUUGCUGGGCGAUGGCUACGAAGAGUGUCUGGUCGGCCAGGUGGCAACUCCGGUUGGAACCCUGACAUUGAGUGUGGCCUACAGGACGAAUCUCACGAUAACACCCCAGCGUUCUGAGAAGGUCUGUCCAUUUCUGGUAAAAAGUGAUUACUUCGAGCGGGAUGCCAGCCCCAAAUUUCAGUGUCAUCGGUGUUGCUCUGAUCCUUCAGCAUACUCUUCAAAUUUUAUGAACAAAAUUACUCGAGAUGGCAACUUGCCCCACACUUGUUGCUCUGUUCCUAAUGGUAAUCAGACAUGUCCACAAAGUUUUGAUCGUAAGGAUGUUAAGAUGGAACGAAAUGAAAAUAAUAAAGAUGCAAGAUUUAAAAGAGAAAAAUGCUUCGGUCUCACUGAGUCAAAAGUUGGUGCCUUCGUUCCAAGCAACAGGCGUCCGGAUCCCUCUCCGCUUCCGGAUCUGCUACUGCCCGACACGCCAUUUCUAAAUCUGGUCCGGAAUGACAGUGACAACAACCCCAUUUCGGACGGGCCAGCAGAUGGUAAAAAGGAGAGGACGUCGGAAGACGUGGUCGACAGGAAUGCAAACAUGGAGACCGCAAACAGAAAUGCCAUCAAUAGUAAUAAUGUGACUCGCAAGAAAUAUGGAAAUUUUGUGGAUUUGAACAGCAACCCUCAAGACUGCAAUUAUCGUAAAUCUUCGGGAAGCGAAAAUUCUCCUUACGAUUUUGUUAUGGUUGAAUUGAAACCAUCAUUUGCCGACUGGAGCGGAAAUGGAGACCUGGGCGCUUUUUUCCGAGAAUGCCAGUCUGCGCCUCCCCUCACUUCAUUCGAAAGCCAGCCGUCACUCGAAGAACAAGUGGUAGAGAUAAAGAACCAACUGGCAGUCUUCGAGACCAGCAUGAAGGACUUCGAUGAUUUCGUGGACACACUCUGUCGUACUGAAUCUCGCAAGAAUUCCGACUGAGACGAGUCAACGCCGAAUCUUUGCAUUCGUAAUUGCUUUAUUUUAUUGAUACUAACCAUUGAAAAUAAUUAUGAAACUUAAAUGAGAAUUCUAAAAGUCGUUUUAAAAAAUUGGAAGUUUACUUUACGAUCUCUUAAGACUUCAGACUAAAUAGCAUAAUAUAAGAAAAGAUUGUAUUUAAUUUAUGAAUGUGUUUAUAUUAAGAUUUUUAUAGUAUUUAACUUGUACAGUUUUUUGUAAAAAGUAAUUUACUUACAAUAUUUGUUUCAACAUCCAGAAAUUUUUUCGACGUAUUUAUUGUUAGUUUUAAGGCAUCGACGGCAAAGUAUUAUCCAGCAUAUCAUGCAAUUCGUUUAUCGAAUAAAAAUAUAUUGCCAUGCAAGUUUUAUAGUCACAAAUAGCAACUAAAAAGUAACUUAUAUGCCAUUUUUCCUAGUCAGAAUAUAGUAGUAUCGCAUACUCAAGAAUUAUAACUAUUAGAUACUUCAUUAUAUUUGGACAGCCUUUAAAAUUUGUCUUUUCAACUUGCAUUUAGACUUUGACAGCAGUUGGAACGUUUUAUAUCCGUAUUUGAAUCUGCCCGAAAAAGGCGACUCUUGCAAAGACUUGCAUUAUGUUUUGCAUCCAGGCUUUUAUCUUGCUUCGGAGGGACGAAACCUAUCUAAAAGUAGAAACUCUUUGAUCAGCAAGUUCAAAAUAAGAGAAUAAUAUUAGAUCAAAACUUUUAAAUCUUGCACAUCUCACAAAAAGAUCUGUCAAGGCAUGAUACAUAAUUGAAAAAAAAAAUUCUCUUGUUUUACUGAUAAAAAUGGCAGAUUUUGGAAAAUCUGCACAUCUAGAAUAACUUUUAUGCCAUCCGUCUAAGCAUUUGAUAUUGAAUUUAAAUAAAAUCAAAAUUAUUGUUAUAAUUCUCAUGUCAAAUUGUAUUUAGGUGCUAUUUUUAUAAAAAUUCAAACAUUCAGUUUUAGCAAAAUUAUUAAACCAUUAAAAUAAAUUACAAAACAUUUAAAAAAUAUGCUAUGCUAAAUUCCAGGACUUUCUACAACAGACUGCCCAAACUUAAAGAUCGUUCUCUGCAACAGUUCGAUACUUUGUAAGCCACUUAACCGAUUUUAACAUUUAUAUACAGUUAAUUAUUGGCUUCUCGUUCAUCUUUAAAAUUUUAUAACGUUUGUGCCAAAUGUAUCGUUACCGCUGUCACUCGGGAAGAAAGGGUCGAGUUUAAUUUCUGUAUCUUUGUGAGACGCCGACAAAUAUUAGUGUAGAAACUAAAAUUGGGAUGUUUGAUUAGUUUAAACAAUGUCAAACUGUAAUGUCAGAGUUGUAAUUCUUAGUUUUUUGUUGGCAAAUUCUGGAAAUAAAUAGAAAAGUAAUGUGUGUCUUUGUUUGAAGUAAAAACAUAUUAUUUUUUAUAUUUGUGGUAAUGUUACAUCAACGUGGCUGCAAAUAACAGAAAACCAAUUUAUUUGUAACAAAUUAUAAUAAAAAGAUUCCUCCUUUAAAUGGAAAACAUAGAUUUAAAAUUUGGUAUGAUUUCUUUGAUAUGGCCAAUUUUGUAUUCUGUACAUUAUUUGAAGUUAAUUGUGCCAAUAGGAAUGUUAAAGAUUGCAUUGAACUGAUAAAUUCUGUAUCAAGUAUCUGAGGUAUGGAAAAUGAGUAUGAGGUGUCCAUACAAAGGCAUGCGGCAUUUUUCAAAAGUUUUGACCUUUUGAAAAAUAUAAAUUAAAUAAAGAAAUUAAUCAUUAUCAUCAAUAGCCUUUUAAUAUUCUUUUCACCGAUUUUUUAUAUAGCAUAAUUUGGGUGAAAUUUAAUGCAGGAAUUAAUUGGAAUGUGUGUACAUAAACAAGAAUUCACAUAGCAUAGAAAUACAUUGAAAGUUUAAGAGAUUCAUUCUUUAAAUAAAUCAAAAAGUUUAUGCUUAAAAAUUCUUUGAAAGCAUAAUACAGUUGUUUGUCUAUGUUAAUAAAGUAGAAAUUAGCAUACAAUAUUCAAAUUAUUUCUCUUGAACACAUGGAGGGUGUGUGGCUGUUUACGGUGGUGCCAUUCUAAUCCCAUUUUCUGAUAUUUAAAGAGAGAUAAUAGGUUCCAGUCUCUUGUUCCUUCAGAUGGAAUAACAAGAACUAGUCUGUAAAGAAAACACAAGUCAUUUUGAUUAUGUUUGAAUGAUGCUGUCUACAGAAAUUCAAUCUCUUCUAUGAGAAGAAAUUAGAAAUACAUAAACUACAAGUUUCUUGGUAUAAAGGCCCACAUAACAUUUAUCCCAGUGACUACAGAGUUCUGGAGACAGUUGUCUGGCAAUGCAUAAUCUGUCACACCUUAUGAUUAAAGCUGCUAAUAAUCUUCCCACAGUUUUAU